AUGGAAGCGGGCGGAUCUGGUACUAGGCAAAGCCGUCCACCUUCUGCCAGCAACCCCGAACGCUUUGAGCCUUUUCAUCUCCCACCUAGAGAGCCUCUCGAUAAUAGACACUACCGCGACGGCCCCGCCAUGGCGACCGCAGCCCUUAUUAGCCCGGCCACCCAUUACGGCCAUCCCUCGACCUUCUCUUCCGGCUAUCAACACCACUCAGGUCCAGGACCAAGCAUCGCAGGCAUGAUUUCGCCGAUUGAGCCUCGCCGACCUUCAGAUGAGACCGAGACCCCUCACCGACAGUCGCUCCCUUCGCUGUCCGAGGUCAUAUCUGGUGCGAAGCCCAGUCCUUACCCGCCCUCCCAGGCAUCCAGCAUGUCGGGCUCUCAAAACUUUCCUUCGCCCUUUGCUCCUGGACCUCCACGAUCUUACGCCGAGUCAACGGAUAAGAACUCGCCUCGGCCUCCUAUCCAUGCUUCGACGUUCGCGCCUAGGCAAGAUGCUCUCCCAGCCAUUUCAGAUCCCCCGAGACCUCCUGCCUUCGCAGGCCGACCGCCUGCGCCAUUGGGCGGGUUCUCUGCCGCUCAGCCCAGCCCGCCUCUCAAACACGAGCACAUGCGCGAGGGCGAUGCGCGUGCCGCUGAGAAUGCUGGCCCCUAUGCGCAACAUUCCAUUCCACCUCCGCCGACGAUAUAUCCUUAUCCGCAGCACCCUGGCCAGCUUCCGCCAGGACAAGUUCCUCUGCCGGCGUAUCCAGUUUCCCCGCGUCACGCCGGUCCCCCUCUUCCUUCUCCUUACGAAGCCCAGCGUCCAACAGCUCACGGGGAGGACAAUGAGUACGGCCCUGCACGGCUUACCAAUAAGUUCUCUCAGAUCGGUGGAGCAACAAGAACGAUCUAUAACUUCGCCGAAGCCUACGGCAAAAUUGCUGCGGAACAGCAAGGCGCUCAUCCAUUGCAUGAAAGGCUUCCCACCGAGAGGGAAUUGAACGACAUGAUCGAUAACGUAGAGUACAUCCGGAACUCGCUAGACUCGGUGCGACAAGUUGUUAAGGAGAGCAACGAACGUGUGCGAGCAGCCGGAAAGCAGAAGGGGUACGACGACGAGGAUACACCAAUGUAUGACGGCAUGAACAAGAACAACUAUGGCAUCACAGAGGUCAAGAAGCGCAGAGGGAGAGCUGCACCUCCUGGAAGAUGCCACAGCUGCAAUAGAAUCGACACCCCGGAAUGGCGUCGCGGCCCCGAUGGUGCGCGGACACUUUGCAACGCAUGUGGACUACACUAUGCCAAAUUGGAGCGCAAGCGCCAGCUCGAAGCCCGACAAAUCCGCCCCAAGCCCUCUGACGAGAGGAGCUAA